AUGGCUGGAGCAAAGAUCUUCUCGAUUGAGGGCAAGGGCCUGAAACUCACCACCGCGGAGGAUAUUGAGCCACACAUCCAGGACCUGAAGAGCAACAACGAUGUAGAGGAGAUCAAGUUCUUGGGCAACACAUUGGGCAUCGGAGCCAGCGAGGCUCUUGCUAAGGUCUUGGAGGGCAAGAAGAGUCUACAGGUCGCAAACCUCGCCGACAUCUUCACCUCGCGUCUCCUCUCUGAGAUCCCACCUGCGCUAUCGCACCUCCUCACCUCCCUCCUUACCCUGCCAAACCUCCACACCGUCGAUCUUUCGGACAACGCGUUUGGCCUCAACACCGUUGCCCCGCUCGUAGACUUCCUGUCGCAACACACCCCACUACGCUACCUCUACCUAAACAACAACGGUCUCGGACCCGCAGCCGGUGUCCUCGUCGCCGAUGCACUCACCGCACUCGCCGCCAAAAAGGAGGCAGCACGGAAGGAUGGCAAAGAAGUCCCAGACCUCGAGCUAGUAAUCUGCGGUCGCAACCGUCUGGAGAACGGCAGCAUGGCCGCAUGGGCAAAAGCAUAUGCCGCCAACAGUGGCGUCAAGACCAUCAAGAUGACACAGAACGGCAUUCGUCAGGAGGGUAUCUCACACCUCAUUACCAACGGUCUCGCACACCUGUCUAAACUAGACACGCUCGAUCUCCAAGACAACACAUUCACAGCCAUGGGCGCAAAUGCCCUGAGCAAAGCCGUCGGAAACUGGACCGAGCUCCGUGAGCUUGGCGUAGGCGACUGUCUCCUCAGCGGACGCGGAGGCGUUGCGCUCGCCGCCGCGCUGGAGAAGGGCAAGAACAAGAAGGUUGAAGUCCUCCGCCUCCAAUUCAACGAUAUCAACGCCAAGGGUCUUGCUGGCCUGGCCUCUGCCUCUUCGUCUGCCCUCCCUGCUCUCCGUCGUGUGGAAAUAAAUGGCAACAAGUUCGACGAGGAGGACCCUAGUAUCGAGAAGCUCCGCAGUGUGCUCGAUGAGCGGAAAGAGGCGUCUGGUGAACACGAGGACGAUGAGGAGUACUGGGGUCUGGACGAGCUAGAUGAGUUGGAGAGCGAAGACGAAGAUGAAGAGGAGAGUGACGCGGAGGAGAAGCGCGGCGAUGCUGAUGACGACGAGGAGGGUGUCGAGGUCGAGGAGAAGGCUGCGAGACAGAUUGUUGAAGAUACCAAGGCCGAGGAGAGCAAUGUGCCACAGGAGAAGGAUAAGAAGGUUGAUGAUUUAGCGGACCUCAUGUCCAAGACGGAAAUUAAGUGA